AUGGCCUCGACGAAUCCCUUCCGGCAGGGAGGGCAGACUGCCCCUGCCCCUCCCUCCGAGUCGGCGCACGAGGACAGCCGGCCAUCGUCGUUUGCCACCGCCUCGACGGCCCAUGCCUCGACCGUGUCAUACAAGGUAGGUGAGGUCGCCGGCCGUCCUGGUGUGGCGCCGCCUCGCUGGGCGUAUGGCCACUCCAUUGCCGGCCGCCAGCGCCAGGGCCCCUACCUUGAUGCGUACCGCAGCGAGUCGCCCAACCCCUCAUCGAAUGGACACACGGUCGAAAACAGCGAUGCGGAGAGUUUCGCCUCGGCCCGUUUCUUUGACGCAGCUACACCGCAGGGGAGUGAGUACCAUGACGCAGAUCUCGCACCGCCUACCACGACGACAAUUCCUAUGUCGUCGCUCGGCACUACGCAGGAAGAAGUGUUUAAAGACGGCACGACACAGCCGACGAUCCACACGGUCAAGUCCCCCGCCACGCAGCCGACCAUCCAUACGACGGCGCCGGUCGCAGGCUCUGCUGCAACCGUGCAAACGGCGCCGCCGCCACCGGCCGGCACGACUACCAUCCGCGCUGCGCGCCCUACAGCGUCGAGCUCUUCGUCGUCCAUCCCUCGUAGUGCGGCGGCAGGGGGGGCGGCAGGCGCCACUGCUGCAGCGGGGGCUGCCACUGCUCCGUCUCAUCCCAGCGCUGAGCCUGUAUUCGUGUCGCAGUCGUCUAUUCCGCCUGCGGGGUCACAGCCCGUCACGGCACCGGGUAUGGCGCCGCCUGUGGCGUCCGACGAUCUGGAGUCGGGGCCUGUGCCGAUCAUGUCGCAUGUUAUGAACAUGCAAGACGAUCCGAGCUCUGUGCCGCCUCCCGCACCCCGUCAGCCUAGCUUCCUGCAGCGCUGGUGGCGUUGGAUUCUGGCGGUGAUUGCUAUCAUUGUGAUUUUGGCCAUUGCGCUGGGUGUGGGUCUCGGUGUGGGUCUGAACAAUGGCAGCAGUGACAAAAACAACUUGGCAUCGCCUGGCGCCAAGUCGAACUCGCCUGGCGCCCAGUCUUCGUCGAUGGCCGCACAGGACUCGAAGGCGGCUUCGGAGGCCAAGAAUCUGAAGCCGCUGCCGCGUUGGGACUGGACGUCCAAGACACAGAAAGUGUUCGGUACGAAUCUCGGUGGUUUGUUCAUGCUGGAGCGCUGGCUUUACGAGGACUGGAUGGUCCAGGCGGGCGGCUACGAUGCGUGGGACGAGUACCACAUGUCGCUGAACCUGGGUGACAAGAUGGUCGAUCAGCUGAACUACAUUCUUGAUACAUGGUUCACUGAGGCGGACAUGGAUACGAUUCAGUCGGCUGGUAUUAAUAUGAUCCGUAUUCCGAUUGGCUACUGGCCGUUCCUUUCGACAGAGCUGACCAAGGAGCCGUACCGCAACGCCACCCAUCUGGACAAGCUCUCGGAUGUGAUGUACUGGUCGUGGAAGCGCAACAUGUACGUCCUGAUCGAUAUGCAUGGUAUGCCGGGCAGUCAGAACAACGAUCAGUCAAGUGGCUACAACAACACGCAGCUGGACAGCCAGCAGAUCUCGAUGUGGUACACGCCCGAGAACCAGAACUUUUCUCGCCAGGCCGUGACGAACAUGCUCGACUGGGUCGACAGGCACCCUGCGAAGUCGGUGAUUGCCGGUGUGACGACGGUGAACGAGCCGAAGGUGUAUACGAACGACACAUACAUGAGUCUGCUGAAGGACUACUAUGACUGGAGUCUUCAGACGCUGCGCAAGUACAAAUUGCCGCUCAUUGCGCACCAUGCGUUUUUGAACAACCCGUACGACUACUGGCAAUCGUACGCCUCGAACCAAGAUCCGUCAGAGUUCAUUCUCGACGAUCAUCCGUACCCUGCCUGGUACCAAACGCCUGAGCCUGAGGACCAGACGGUGAUGACCAACAACAUCUGCAAGUUCGCUCAGAGCACGAGCCAGUUCCCUGUGCCUGUGCUCAUGGGUGAGUAUUCGGCGGUGUCGAACGUAAACACCACGGACUGGACGACGCAGUAUCUCAACACGGAGGUCAAAGUGUUUGGCUGGUCGGCCGGCUCCAUGUUCUUCAACUUCCGUGUGAACGCCUCGGCGAACCCUGUGGUGGGCCCGUCGCAGAUCAUCGGCAAGAAGUACUCGAUGCUGGAUAUGAUGAAGCAGAACAGCCCUAUCGGUACCUUCCCACGACGCGAUAACUCGACAUCGGUCGUCAACUGGACCAACAGUCUCUCGUCGGCGUGCGGGGACAACCCGGGUAUGCAAUGGUAA